GUAGAGAGUGUGGACUUACUCGUGCUCGACAUGCAGACCCAACAGCCACCCGUUGUCGAUUCACCCUACCAGGAAUCGUCUCACCUGAACGCUUCUGCGUUCUCUUCGGCCACGAGUCCGCUCGGCCUCCCCACCAUAUACACUGAGCAUUGUGCUCCCGCUUCAGACGCGGCCUUUGAGCGCUGCACUGGCCGAGCUAUGCAGAGUCUGUCCUUACCUCCUCCGACCUCACUUCCCUCCACGCCAUUCGGGCGACGUCAAGAGCCAGGAAACAACCUGGUUCCACUACCCUCACAGUUCAGUCCCGGCCGGUCUGAACAAUACUCUUAUCCGUCCCCUCCCAUGUCAGAUUCCCACUCGCCUGCACGCCGCUCAGCUCAAAUUGUCGAUCCUGAGAGACACCCAUUCCCCCCACCAUUGCACGAGCCUCGCAAGAUGAUUGGAAUCGCACCACCUCCACAGCAUGCGCCUUCCCUGUUAGACCCUCGAUCGUCAGGUCUUGGUCAAGGACAUCCGCAACACCGGCCAUUGUAUCAAGCAGACUCUCAGCCAAGGACCCAACCUCCUCAGUAUCAACCACCGCGACGAUACGAAGCUUCUUAUGGCGGAUACCCAGCUGCGCAAAACUACGCUUAUGGCUAUCCCGCUCCAGAAGUUCCAUCCUAUCUUGGAGCUCAGGGUGUAGGACCGGGUCCCCAAGUACAGCCAGCUGCCAUGCUCACACCGCAAUCAGUGAGGCAGAGUAAGCCUGCGAGGAGAACCAAAGCCCAUGUCGCAUCUGCUUGUGUGAAUUGCAAGAAAGCUCAUCUUAGCUGUGAUGUCCAGCGCCCUUGCGGGCGUUGUGUAGCCUCUGGAAAACAGGAUACAUGCAAGGAUGUCCAGCACAAGAAGAGAGGAAGGCCAAGGUUGAGGGAUGACAAGGACUUUGGAAGAAGCGACGAAGCAAGAAUGCCUGCUCAGAUUUCGACUCAAUUGCUGGGGCCGUUGCCUUUGUCAGGCGAAUUCCACGGCCAACAGUCUCCAUUCUCUACCAUGCACAGAGGCUCCGAAUCCCACCGAGUACUUGAAUCGUCACGAGAUGACCGCCAGCAACCUUUGCCCACACCGACCGGUGGACACUCCUCGCGUCUUGGCAGUUACGCUGGUGAAGUGACUUCACCCUAUUCAGCCGGUCCCCCAAUGCCACACCAUGCCCUGCCAAUAGCUUUCUUGAAUCUUGAUCUUGUAGUCCAGAAGUCAAGUCAAAGUUUCCAGGAUCUAGUGUCGUUCUUGGGUGACGUACGCGGUCAGAGUUUAUCAUACUUCCUGGAAUCGCGACAGUCGGAGGUCUUGCAUCGUCUGCGCACCGAGUUGCGUGACGAGAGAGACGAGCGAGAGCCAACAUACAUGGCUCCGAUCACACCCGUCGGUUCCGAUCCCAUGCAAGCAGCAAUGCAAACAGUGUCGGAGAGAGACGUUGAACAUGUUAGCCAAGGAUUCACCGACCGUCCCUUCCUCCUGAACUUCCGCCUACCCAACAACCAACACCAGACACUUCAAACCCAGAUUCGACUCGCAAAGACAUCUCUUUACUUCGUUACUCUGGUCGUGCACACUCCUCCACGGCCAGUGGGACCUCCUCUUUUGACACAGCAGCUCGCUCCGCCCACACCCACCCACGCCUCUCAGACCAGGUCUGCACCCACGAAUGCACCCAGCCGAGACUUUGGCAGCUAUUCGAGCCGACGGCCUUCAUCGUCCGCUAGCUCUGCGCCAACUUCUCCCUACUACAACUUCACAUCGGUUCGGACCUCACUUCCAGCCAUCAGUUCCAGCUCUUACGGGAGCAGCCCUUCGUACGGCUACCCCCCAACAGUUGGUCCCGAGCAGGGAUAUUUCCCGACUUACCAGUCGCCUUCCCAGCCGGGAGCGUACCCCUCUGGCUACCCUUCGGCACACAGAACAGGGUCAGUGACGUCUGAGCCUCAGUUCCAGCCACCGCCCCCGUCUUCUGCGGAUCGCCCUGCCCGGCUAGAGGGGCUACACCUUCCACCUCUUCGCACGAUCCCUGCGCCACCGCCUUUGGCAUCACCAUUGAGCCAGGAGUUUGGCGAGGGUGCGAGAGAUCGAGAGCCGCGUGUCAAAAGACGAGAGUCGCCCUUGAGCGCUGAGUCGCAGUCGGAUACACCUGAAGCGGGAAAGCGCCGUCGUUUGAACAUUCAUGAAGUGUUGGAGUGA